GAUUUGUGAUAUAGUUUUCCUGUCUGUCGAAUAUUAUAAAUAGUUCAUCAGUUUCAUUUUAUUACAAAAAUCAAAAUGAUUUCCUUGCUGUUAGUUGCCUUGGUGUGUGUUGCGCUAAGCAAAAAUGCAGUGUUGUUUGCAGAGGCAGUCAAAUCCGAAAAUGAUCCUGUUAACAUGAAGUUAACAAAAUUGCUUGAUGUAAAGAUCGAAAGCAAAACUGAUUAUUGGAAGAAUGACUUAAGCAGACUUCUUCAAUCGCAAGCUGAGGAAAAUAGUAUAGGAAAAAACGAAGAAGAAUAUGUGCAGGUUCCUCUAAAACUCUCUUUUGGAAUUGAAAGAAUAAAUAAUAAUAAAAACUUUUUUGAGGAAGGAAUGGAAAAUAUUUUUAAAACUUGCGGAUCUUUAGUUGGACGAAGCCAGUUACCAUUCUGCCGCUUUAAUCCACAUAAAGACCAAGAAGUUAACUCCAAUUCAUAUCCAAGAAGUUGUAGAGAAAUAUUAGAGAGUGGUAAAAAUCAGUCUGGAAUAUACGUCAUUAAACCCAGAACAAGCAGUAAACCAUAUUCUGUUCUUUGUGAUAUGGAAUCAAGAGGCGGCGGUUGGACUUACAUUCAGAAUAGAUUUGAUGGAUCCCAGGAUUUCUAUCUGCCAUGGAGAGACUACAAGUUUGGUUUUGGAGAUCUGGAUGGUGAAUUCUGGAUGGGAUUGGAACAUAUUUAUCAUAUGACAGGAUUCGAAACAAAUGAACUCCUUGUUGAAUUGACAGAUAGAGAGGAAAAAAAAGCCUAUGCACAAUACAAAUCGUUUGCAAUUGGACCUGAGAAGGAUGGUUAUAAAAUAAAUACAUUAACUGGAUAUUCAGGGGAUGCUGGAGAUUCUUUGAUACAACAUUUAAAUUUUAAAUUCACUACUUUUGACGUAGAUCAAGAUGGACAUGCUACAGUUAAUUGUGCACAACUCUACGAAGGUGGAUGGUGGUACACUAAUUGCCACUCCAGCAAUCUCAAUGGAAAACAUAUGGACAAACCUCUUCCCGAUGCCUAUAAAUUUCAUGGACUGAACUGGGAUGGAUUUAGAGGACAUGAUUAUAAUUUAGCUGCUUCAAAAAUCAUGAUACGUCCAGUUGUAUAAUGAAUAAUACAUUUAUUAUUAUAUACCUCAUCAUAGGUAUAUAUUUACUAAAAAUCUUACUAAUAUUGUAUCUUAUAUUUGCUUAACCAAAUAAAUAUUUUAUGGUGUU